GUUUUCAACAGUUUAACAACAACAUCAAAACUAUUAACAAUGUCGUUGACCCAAAAGGAAGCUUUCAGCAAGCUUCCACAGAAAUUGCACAACUUUUUCAUAAAAUACCCACCUAGACCAUUUGCCCAAUAUGCAUCCAAACCUUCAGAAACCACCAGUGCAGAUGUGAAUCCAUUUUUACCCACAAAGAAUCCUGUUUCAGGAAGAUGGAGUGGACCUAAAUAUUCCUUGAGAAGAUCUGCAGACUUGUACAAGUUGGCCCGUAAGUUUGGAAUUGAAGAAUUGUUACCACCAAUCCCACAAAAGAAGUUUUACUCUGACAAAUAUGAAAACAAAAACUGGAUGGAGGGUGUUUUACAACCAAGAUUGGCCAAGUGGGAAAAGGAGUUGCCAGAAAAACUCAAGCAAAGAGAAGAAGCUAUCGCCAACAUGGACGCCACUAUUUUGGCUGCCAGAAGCACAUACAAGAAGCAACUCGAGAAGAGAGAAGCCAACAAGAGAACCUGGUGGUAGGUG